GCCGCUGGCGCCGCGUCGGAGAGACCGACGGGGAGCGAGGCGGGCCGGGCCGCGCCGCCCGCGCGCGCCACGAAGGCCGCAGCAUGGUCCUGGUGCACGUCGGUUACCUGGUGCUGCCCGUCUUCGGCUCCGUGCGCAACAGAGGUGCUCCAUUUCAAAGGUCUCAGCAUCCCCAUGCUACCUCCUGCCGACAUUUCCACCUGGGUCCCCAGCCUCAGCUCUCCGCCGACUUCACCCUGCCUCACACGGUGCAGCCCCAGCCGGGGCUGACCCCACACAUGACCCCUGCACACCAGCAUAGCGGUCCCCUGCACCAAUCCCUGGCCCCAGUGCCAGCCCUGCCCUUCCAAGAUGUGGCCGGACCAUCCUUCCUACCUCAGGCGCUACACCAGCAAUACCUCCUCCAGCAGCAGCUCCUUGAGGCCCAGCACCGCCGGCUCAUGCCCCAUCCCAGGCGGGCUCAGGAGCGCAUGUCCGUUCAGCCUCACCGUCUGCACCCCAGCUUUGACUUCAGCCACCAACUGCAAACCCCACAGCCCAUGGCACCCCAGCCCAGGUACUUGGCCGAAGGUACAGACUGGGACCUCAGUGUCGAUGCAGGACUGACACACGCCCCGUUCCAGGUCCGCCCGGUCCCUCAGCCCUAUCAGCAUUACUUAGCUACACCUCGGAUGCAUCACUUCCCCAGAAGCACAUCCUCAACACAGAUGGUUGUUCAUGAAAUCAGAAAUUACCCUUAUCCUCAGCUUCAGUUACUUGCUCUUCAGGGACUGAACCCAAGCAGGCACACAUCGGCUGUGCGGGAGAGCUAUGAAGAGCUGCUGCAGCUGGAGGACAGGCUGGGCAGUGUGAGCCGGGGGGCUGUCCAGAACACCAUUGAGAGAUUCACCUUCCCCCACAAAUACAAGAAGAGAAGACCACAGGAGGGUAAAGCUGAGCAAGAGGAUGGAGAGGAGUCAGACACUGAUGAGAAAUGCACAAUCUGUCUGUCCAUGCUUGAAGAUGGAGAAGAUGUCAGGAGGUUACCCUGCAUGCAUCUCUUCCACCAAGUAUGCGUGGACCAGUGGCUGGCCACCAGCAAGAAGUGCCCAAUCUGCAGGGUGGACAUUGAAACACAGCUCGGCUCGGACAGCUGAAAGAAUUGGCUGGACACACCAUUUUCCUUAUCAGGUCGUAUGGCCAUAAACCCUUGCAGCAAAAUUUUUUGCCUUCUGAGCCAUUUGAUUGAGAGGAAAAGUCUGCAGGCAUGUUAGAGAGGGAGAGGAGGAGGUGUCAGUACAAUAUCUAGUGGUAGGAGAUAUUGCACAUGCGCAGGAUACGGGCCUGGUGAAAGGGAGCUGGCAUUCCCGGAGCUCAGAGACCCCAUGCUACAGAAGAUUUAGUGUUGAACAUGAAGGAACUAGUUGUGGUAGUCUGGCCUGUCAAUCCUGCAUUUCAUGAGGAUUGUAUAUAUACCUCUCGAAUACGUAGAAACAUGUUAUAGGGGUCCUUUAGCUAUUUCUAUGGAUGGCAGCUGGAGCAUGUUAGCUUAAGAAAUGUUGUGUUUGAUGCCCUACUCAUCUUGUGGUGGACAUGUUGCUGUUACCUAAUUUGCACCAAAUAUUUUUUCAUAGAUUCCUUAUGUUGGUGCCUGAUUAAUACAUUGCAAAAGGGGAAUGCAGAGGUCAAGCUUUCCCACCCUUGGGGGGAAGAGGCGAAAAAGCAAAAUCCUGUUUACAAUCAGAAGGGUUGCGCUCUUUUCUUCAGCCACGCGUGCUUCCUUUCCUUGCCUUUACAGUGUUGCAAAUUUAGAGAUGCUUAAAACACAUUAACAAAAAAAAAAAAAAAAAAAGAAAAAAAAAAAAAAGAAAUGACAGACAAAUUGAAAAUGAAAUGAACGAAGCAAUAAAGAGAUGCUUCGUUCCUGCUGUUCUGCUGCUGCUGAAUGCUUUCUGUAGGGGCACAGUGUUGAGGUGGAUGCUGUUUCUUUGCUCUUUGUGUAGCUCAGCAUGCUGAAAUCCACGCUAGGCUGUGGGCUGUCUCCACGAUCUCUGUUAUCCAUUGUGAAUGAUCUUACUGAUAUGGUAAGCUGGAGGCUGGUUGGCUUCAGAGCACCGUGGCUCAAGUCUCCCCAGGGUUGGACAUCUCCUGUGAUUUAGGGUAUAGCUUCUCAGAAACAUUGCAAUAGGACAAAGGGAAAUGGUUUCAAACUAAAAGAGGGGAGAUGAAACCAGAUAUAAGGAGGAAGUCCUUUAUAAUAAGGGUGGUGAGACCCUGGCACAGGCUGCCCAGAAAGGUGGUGGUGCCCCAUCCUUGAAGACAGCCGAGGUCAGGCUGGAUGGGCUCUGAGCACUGCUGGGUGCCCCUGUGCACUGCAGGGAGUGGGACCUGAUGGCCUUUAAUUGUCCCUUCCCAGAGAGAUUGUGGAUGCCCUGGCCCUAGAGAUGCUUAAUGCCAAGUUGGAUGGGGCCCUGGGCAAUCUGAUCUGGCAUUUGAUCUAGCGGCUGAUAACCUGUGGCAGAGGGGUUGGAACUUGGUGAUCCUUGAGGUCCCUUUCAACCCAAGGCAUUCUACGGUUUUAUGAUUCUAUGACUCAUUCUGUGAUUCUACGACUUUGGAGAGACUGCUCACUCUGUGACUGGGCAGGGCAGAGCAGCAGACAAACUGCCCCACUUCCAUCCCCCUAUCCCAACCCUUUGGAGAUGGGAGAAAGGGAGUGGGGGACCACUGUAUUGCAUGCAGACGCCGUGCUUCACCUUCCUGUUGAGAAAACACAGCGUAGGGAGGAUAAGCAGAUGUACAGCACAGGUGGAAGCCUUCUUUGCUUUAUUUUCUUUCUUUUUCCCCUUAAUUAGCUCAAGCUCUUAGUCUGCAGGGCUGAAUCUCCCCGAGCAGCUCUGAUAAUGGGAUGGGAGGAAACUCGUUGCUCGUGAGGAAUUGCCCAUGCAUUGGUUGUUCGGGCGCAGUAGGGGAAUGCUGGAUCUAGAGGGUUUGCUGCUUUCUGGAGGGCUUGGUUUAGCCCUGUGUUGGAGCAUUGUUAGAUAUUUCACUCCGUUUUCAUAUGGUGAAUGAGACGGUUAUUAAAAUGGAACCUAAUUUAUGAAUGUUCAUUAAAAUAAUGCAUAAAAUUGGAGGCAUUCCUCAGAGGAACGGGACAUUUCCAUCCCUCAAAACAAAUACAUCAGCCACAGACACCCAGAGGACAGACCUCCAGAGAACCAGCACUCACUACCCUUUUUUUUUUUUUUUUUAAAGAAAAUACUUAAUUUUUUUUUCCACACUGGGAUAGCAGAAAAAGUAUAUUGAGGAGCAACUGCGAUGAAGUGGAAACUUCAUAUAUUCAAAAACAAGAUGUGCAGAGCUGAGCACUGGCUCCUCUGAGCCAAGCGAUGCUCCUCACAUAGAAAUGACCCUAAAUUGCCAUCUGGGAGAUGGUGGAAUUCCUGUGAGCUAUAAGUGGGAAGUGCCCUCCUCCAAUGUUUUCUGUUCUAGUUUUUACAACAUAAACAGAAGUGAAGGAGGUGACAUGGGGAUCAAAGAGCCUUUCUUCCCCCUCUUUCUGUGCCUGUAGGAAGGAGGAAGCAAAGGGAGGAAGCAAAGGGUCAUGGUGACAUAUAUUUGCCAUAGGGACAUAUAUUUGCCACCCUGGCAUGAGCAUGGGACCCCAGUGUGAGGAGGGAUAUGGGCUCCUUGGGGCAAGGAAUGACCCAUGGGUGCAUCCAGAGAGAUGUACCACAGAGACACCCAAGGUCAGACUGGACAGGGCUCAAGCACCUGAUGGACUUGUGGGUGUCCCCGUUCAUUGCAGGACCAGGUGGCUUUGAAGGGUCCCUUCAACUCAACCCGCUCCAUGGUUCAAUGAUACACAUGGGGCUUGCUCCAGCAGCAGCAGAUUGGAGCAGCAUUAAAAAUAACACUAAUAAUACAGACAGGAAAAGCAAGUCGUCGUUCCUGAGAGACACUGUAAGCUGUCCUGGUGCACCUAGGUGUGAGCUGGGGGCAAAGCAGGGGAGGAGCAGGGCCAUAGGGCCCCUGGCUGGGCAGGGAGGAAAGGAGGACCGCUUCCAAACUGCGUGUUUUCUUAAAGCCUACGCGAAAGUAUUACUAUUUGCCUAAUGAACAAGCACAGUUUUUAGAUGAAAAACCACAAAAAGAAAAAAAAAAAAAAAAAAAAGAAAAA